AUGUCUUCCGCAGCCAACAGCCAUGCCUCGUCGGUGCACCGCGUGCAGCGCCACGCGUUCCCCGUCCUGAGCGAGUCGUUCCUCGUCGACAGCACCUACGAGUUCGUCAAGGAAUUAGGCCAGGGUAAGCUUCCUCUUUGGACCGUAUGCGCGCACUUCCUGGGCUGCAAGGAUACCGGAAGAGUGAGGACCGCCAAACCAUCUACGACACCUCUCGAGUCACGUUACGUUAGGAAUGAGAGGCGGGGUCAGAGGCCAUCAUGCCUUGUGCACCCCCACUUGCCUGCCGAGCCCCGCCUUGCCCAGCCUCACAGUCGCCGAAUCGGACCCAAAAGUCAAUACAUAUUGACCAUGAUGUCCGAUCCACCCACAGGUGCUUAUGGUGUCGUCUGCUCGGCCAAGAGCACCGUGACCGGCGAAUCCGUCGCCAUCAAAAAGGUCAGCUCUCAACCCGCUCGUCUAGAUCAAACGAAUAGGAGCUGUGCAUGCGGCAACCAGUUUCCGGAACUCACCCGCGCCCGUCUCCACAUCGAUACACUAGGUCACCAAAGUUUUCCAGAAGAAGAUCCUUACCAAGCGCGCCUUGCGAGAGUUGAAGUCAGUUUCCUCAAAUCCGAGGUCCGCCCGAGUCGACCAUUGCGCAAAGGAGCUGAUCUUCUGCCAUCACGUGCCCCAACCAACAGGCUCUUGCAUCAUUUCCGGGGCCACAAGAAUGUGGGUCAAAAUGUGCAGUCGUCUGCGCAUUGGCCGAGGUACCGCAGACUGACUGGCCGUCAUUCCGCCUUUAGAUCACGUGCCUCUAUGACAUGGAUCUCGUCGACCCCGUCGGAUUCGACUCAGUGUAGGUUGAUAAGAGCCGAGACAUAUCGCAAAGUCUGAUCUAAUGUUGAGUCUUCUUCUCUGGUAUCACAGCUACUUGUACGAGGAGUUGAUGGAAGCCGAUUUGCACGCCAUCGUGAGUCUCACACUCCGAGAUGUCCAACUGCGCGGCAAUCCGAGGACUCACUGGCUUCUGUCGUGGUCUCUAGAUUCGUUCGGGACAACCCCUUUCGGACGCUCAUUUCCAGAGUUUCAUCUACCAAACCCUCUGCGGUCUCAAGGUGCGUCGCGUUGUAUGCUAUCAUCUUGACACCGAGUUGAUCAUUCUUGCCUCUCUACCCUUUUACUAGUACAUCCACUCGGCGCACGUCUUGCACCGGGAUCUCAAGCCUGGAAACCUUCUCGUAAGCUCACAUGUCGAGCAUAAUACAAUACAUCCAGCCGGACCACUGAAGAGUACCAUCUCAUCGCUCCACAGGUCAAUGCCGACUGCGAGCUCAAGAUUUGCGAUUUCGGUUUGGCCCGUGGUUUCGAGACCGACCCCGAGUUGGCGGCGCAAGGUGCCGCUGGGUUCAUGACCGAGUGAGUGAUGACGUGAUACUAUCGUCGGCUGUAUACUGACGCCGUGAUUCACUCCGCACAGGUAUGUUGCUACGCGUUGGUACCGUGCGCCCGAGAUCAUGCUCUCGUUCGCCAACUACACCACAGCCAGUUGAGUCUUUUUUGGCCCUAUACGUGAUGAUGACAGUGUCUGACUGUCAUCGAUCUUCACUAUCUCUGCAGUCGACGUCUGGAGUAUUGGAUGCGUGCUCGCUGAGCUCCUCGGUGGUCGCCCCAUCUUCAAGGGCAAGGACUACAUCGAUCAACUAAACAUUGUCCUCCAUUUCCUCGGAACGCCGAGUGAUCGCACUCUCCGCCGAGUCGGAAGUCCCAGGGUACAAUCCAUCCUCCUAUCUAAGACAAGCCCGUGUCCUCCGAGACUGACCCUGAAUCACACCCCACGCCAACUCACAGGCGCAAGACUAUAUUCGCUCUUUGCCGUACAAGAACGGUGUCCCCUUCGAGCAGCUCUUCCCCGAUGCCAACCCUUUGGCGCUCGACAUGCUCUCCAAGUUGCUCGCCUUCGACCCGACCGAGCGCAUCUCGUGCGAGGACGCCCUGCGUCACCCUUACCUCGCCGUUUGGCACGAACCGAGCGACGAGCCCGUGUGCCCGCAGAAGUUCGACUUUGGCUUCGAGAAGGAGGACUCGGUCGAGGGUAUGCGGGCCUUGAUUGUCGAGGAGGUCGAGAACUUUAGGCGGAUGGUGAGUUUCAAAGCCGAGGAGUCUGAGGACCUCGCUGCAUUCGGUACACCCUGAGUUCUCCAUGGACUUGGCUGAGCUUUUUUCCCAACCCACCCUUCAAUUCAGGUUCGUCCGUCUGCUCAACCCGCUACUCGCACCGAAGGUACUGCUCCCCGUCGACAGGACAGCGUGACCUUGCCCGUUCCUUCCCGUGAGGAGAUCCUCCAAUCCCCCGGCGGCGCCGAGGCGGUUCAAUCCUACCGACCCUUCUCGCACGACGAGGAAGUGCCUAAGAAUGACUUGGAACGCGAUUUGAUGUUCGGCUCUGAAGCGGCGAGGUAA